GGGGGGGGGCUUAAAGAUUAGUAUUUUGGGGUUAUACAUUAAUCUGUUGUAGUCAAUUUAACAUGAUUAUUACCAAACUAAUAACGUUCUUUUUACAGAGAGAGGUGUGAAAGAUGACCGCAUUCAACGCGCAGCUGGAGUCUGCAAAAAAAUUGUGGCAGCCUUUUCAUAUUCUUGGAAAAAAAGGAGGGACCUGGCCAUGGCUCAGGAUGAACUGGGUCUUCCAAAGCACAUGCUCACUACUGAGACUCCCACCAGGUGGGGGUCACGUCAGAAGAUGAUUCAGAGAGUACUUGAGCAGGAGAGAACCAUCAGUCAGGUUCUAAGAGCUGACAAAAAAUCAAGACACUUGGUCCUCAGUUGGCAAGAUGUGGAUGUCUUGGAGGCUCUCAACAAGGUGUUGAGCCCACUCCAGAACUUCACAGAUGCCUUGUCUGGAGAGCAAUAUGUCAGCGUGUCCUACGUCAAGCCGGUAAUUCAUCUCUUCAACACAACCAUUCUUGCUGAGGAAGACGACAAUCCUCAACUGACCAAGUAUGUCAAGAGAAACAUUCUCGCCUACUUGAACGAGAAAUUCUCAGAUCCAGACACAGAUGACCUGCUCGAUAUUGCAUCAUUCCUUGAUCCACGAUUCAGAACCACCUACAUCAGGAAAGAAAAGGUGGAACAUGUCAUUUCCAGAGCAGUGGAAGAAAUCAAGGCACUAAAGGAUCAACUGCAAGACCCUCUCCCAGGGCCUUCUGGUGCAGCAGCAGCAGGGCCUGCUCCGCCUGAGGAAAAAAGAAAAAAGACUUUGUCCAGCUUUUUCAAAAAGCAGAGCACCAUCGGCAUGGGCUGCAGCAGAGACACACUCUCAGAGGAGGAAAGCAUCAAGAUGGAGCUGAGGACCUACUUGCAGACCACAGAGGUUGACAAUGAUGCAGACCCUUUGGAGUGGUGGAGAUGCCAUCAGGUGUACACGUCCUUCAAACAUCCGGAGAAUGGUGUCUGCGGCAACCUUUCACAUGGUGCCGUGUCUCCAGCAACACAUGGAUCAUGA